UUUGAUUUUAAAUUUAGAAAGUCAAAGGGGCUGCUAUAAUGAAUAGAAAAAUAAAUACAUACAGAUAGGGACGUCUCACCCAAUAAUAUUGAUAUAGAGUUUCUCCUUGCAUCUAUUUUCUUUAAAAUGAGUAAUCUGUUUUCCUUAUUAGGAAAUAAAUGGAAGCCUUUUUAAUGGAGCUUGUUCUGUGUUUGCUUCUCUUCUUCACAAUAAGAACUUGGGCAAUAGACACUUUAACCCCAGGGCAGUCAAUAAAAGAUGGUGAAACUCUUGUGUCAGCAGGUGGAAGCUUUGAACUGGGAUUUUUCAGUCCUGGGAAUUCCAAGAGUCGAUACGUGGGAAUUUGGUAUAAGAAAGUAUCAACUGGAACUGUUGUAUGGGUUGCCAAUAGGGAAAAUUUAGUUUCUGAUGCCUCUGGAGUUUUAAGUAUCAACGAGAAAGGCAUUCUUUCAAUCAUGAAUGGCACCAAAGGCAUUGUUUGGUCUUCAAACACAUCGAGGAAUUCAGCAGAGGAGCCGAUUGCACAACUCCUGGAUUCGGGAAAUUUCGUAGUGAAGGACCGAAAUGAUAGUGAUUCGGAAAACUUUCUUUGGCAGAGUUUUGAUCGUCCUUGCGAUACCUUUCUACCAGGAAUGAAGAUUGGAAUAAACUUUGUCACCGGUUCCGAGAGGCAUGCAUCAUCCUGGAAAAACACGGAAGAUCCUGCUCCGGGCAUAUAUACUUACAGGGUUGACUCGCAGGGGUAUCCACAGGUUGUUGUUAAAAAGGGAGCUGAUAUAUUAUUCAGAGCAGGUUCAUGGAAUGGUCUUUAUCUCACAGGAAGCCCACUGCCUGUUAAUCCAUUAUAUUCAUUUGAGCUUGUCUUGAAUGAGAAUGAGGUCUACUACACAUACCAGGUGCAAAACAAUUCAAUCUAUACAAGAUUUUUAUUGAAUCCAUCAGGUCUAAUACAACGCACCAUAUGGAAUGAGAGGACAAAUAACUGGGAGGUUUACGCCACAUCGCAAUCGGAUCAAUGUUCAAUCUAUGCCUAUUGUGGAUCAUAUGCUACUUGCAGCACCAACGAAUCUCCACCUUGUAAAUGCUUGGAAGGGUUCAUCCACAGAUCAGCAUCUCCCAGGGAUAUUAAUUCAGUAGAUUGGUCAUAUGGAUGUACUCGAAGGACACCGCUGGCAUGUCAUGGUGGAGACAGCUUUCUCAGGAAAACUGGCCUAAAAUUACCGGACACUUCGAAAACUUGGGCAAACAUUAGCAUUGAUCUUAAGGAGUGUGAGAAAUUGUGUUUGAAGAAUUGCUCUUGCACUGCAUACGCGAAUUUAGAUGUCCGAGGGGGAGGCCACGGCUGCUUGCUGUGGUUUGGAGACCUAAUUGACAUCAUAGAAUUCAGUGAGGGUGGACAGGACCUUUAUAUCAGGCUGGCUACUUCUGAUCUGAAUCAUAUACGAAGCAAAGGAAAGCUAAAUGAAAAGCUGAAGGCUGUAAUCAUAGCCAUCUCUGUAAUAAUAGCCAGCGGAAUGACAAUACUAGCAUUGUUGUUGUAUGUUCAGAAGAUCAGGCUUAGAAACACAGGGGAACAUGGAAAGGAAGAUUUAGAGUUGCCUGUUUUUGAUUUCACAACCAUAGCUACGGCAACUAAUAACUUUUCGAGCAACAACAUUCUGGGACAAGGUGGAUUUGGUCCUGUUUACAAGGGAACAUUGAUUGAGGGGCAAGAAAUAGCAGUGAAGAGACUUUCAAAGAAUUCGGGACAAGGACUGGAAGAGUUCAAAAAUGAAGUAACAUUGAUUUCCAAACUCCAGCACCGCAAUCUUGUAAAGCUUUUUGGUUGCUGCAUCAGGAAAGAUGAAAAGAUGUUAGUUUAUGAGUACAUGCCUAACAAAAGUUUGAACUACUUUAUUUUCGGUUCGAAACCUACCAUCUCAGCACUUCUUUUUCUCCCCCCUUCCUCGCCCCCUGGUCUUGUGGUACCCAUUUUCUUUUUAUUUCUUUUUCUGAUGUCUUUUUUAUUGGUUGCAGAUCAAACAAGAAACAAAUUACUGGACUGGCGUAUACGAAUGCAUAUUGUCGAUGGAAUUGCUAGAGGGGUUCUUUAUCUUCACCAUGACUCUAGAUUGAAGAUUAUCCAUAGAGAUCUCAAAGCAAGCAAUAUUUUACUAGAUCAUAACAUGAAUCCGAAGAUAUCAGAUUUUGGCUUAGCUCGGAAGUUCGGAGUAGAUCAGACUCAGGCCAAAACUAAAAGAGUGGUCGGAACAUACGGUUAUAUGUCCCCUGAAUAUGCUUUGGAUGGGCUUUUUUCAAUGAAAUCCGAUGUCUUCAGCUUUGGAGUUUUGGUUCUGGAGAUACUAUCAGGAAAGAAAAACAGGGGAUUUUCCCAUCCAGAACAUGACCAUAAUCUUCUUGGACAUGCAUGGAAAUUGUGGAUGGAAAAGAGGCCAUUAGAACUAAUCGACCCUGCAUUGGGCGACUCGUAUGAUGCAACCGAAGGGUUAAGAUGCAUCAAUGUAGCUCUAUUAUGUGUGCAACAAUGCCCCCCGGACAGACCUAACAUGUCAUUAGUUUUGGUCAUGUUGUGCGGUGACAGUGUAUUGCCCCAACCAAAGCAGCCUGGGUUUUUCAUCGAAAGAAAUCUGCCUAUGACUGACUCUGUCUCAGUCAAAAAUGAAACUUCCUCCAUGUAUAGAUCUAUUACAUCAUUAGAGCCACGAUAGACGCUUGUAAAAUACCUUCAUGAGAUGUUUGGAUAAAUCAAUUAGGCCUUGCUUCAUUCAUACACCGAAAGAAGAGAAGAAUUUAUGAAUUUCUGCUUUGUACUGCCUGCAAUAGUGCUUCUAUAUUACUCACAAGUCAGGUAGUUGAUGUAGCCCUUCUUUUCCUUUUCUUCCUCUUCUCUAAAAUUAUCAGCUUCACUUCCUGAGAAAUACAACACAUAUCGGAAACUUCUCUGUAUUAAAUAAUGAUAAUUAAUUUUUAAUUUUAGAAGUUAAUAUAUAAUUGAAUUAAACAUAA